AUGGACAUGCACUUUCCCAGGAUUCCAAGGAAUGUCCCAGCCUCUCAGCAACCCUCCGUCACUGCUCGCCCCUCUUUGCAAGCAUGUGAGUGCGUCCGGGACCCACGCCUCGCUCUUUCUGCGUAUGGGGAUCAUUUUGCCUGAAACUUGUUUAAUACCUUAAUUUUUUGAGUUUGAAAUUUUAAACAUCUUUUCCCAAGUAUGUCCAGACGGAAGGUGAGAGGUCUGACCCGGAUGGGGCGGCAGGUGAGCGAGGACCCAGACCUGGACACGCUGUUGUCCACACUCUCCCCGGAGGAGAUGGAGGAGCUGGAGAAGGAUAUGAUGAAGGUGCCUGACAUCAACCCGGAGGACGGCCAAGUUGUCACUCAAGACGACAACAACCGCCGGGACACCAAAAUUUGCCAUAAAGAUGACGCAAUCCAGAUUGAAUCCAAGAAGGAAAGUUGGAAGCAGGAUUACCCGAAGAAGACAGGCCUAAGUCAGGAAUGCAAAGAUGACGCAGGAGUCCAAAGACGAGGAGCAAACGAGGUCAAAGAAGGUGGUAGGGAAACAGAAUCCUCUAAGGACGACCAAAGUCAGCCCCCAGUGGUCGUGAAGGAUGAAUGCAAGGAAAAAACGGCAUGUGAGGACAGCGGGAUGACAGACAGACGGGAGAACCGCGAGAGUAAAACAAAAGACAUGAUCUCUCGGCUGCAGGAGAAAAAGAAAGAAGACAUCCGUAAGGAAGACUGCAGGAGGAGGGAUGACACUAAGACCAAGGACAUCAUCUCUAGGCUCCGCGAGAAGAGUGAGAAGAGCGAGAAGGAAAGCUGUAGGGAGCGGUUGCGGAGAUCCGACAGCUUCAGGACGCAGGGAUUAGUUUCUAGAAUGCUGGAGAAGCAGCAGAGCAAAUCCCAGGAAACUCCUGAGGAGAAGAACCCCCGGGAAGAAGACAAGAAGAAGACUGCUCGCAAGAUGGAACGGCAAGCCUCCGUGAAGGAGAAUGCAACAAGAAGAGAAGAACUGCUCAACCACAGCGAUCACGUGAAGGAGAAAAAAGUAGAAGAGGAGAAAACGGACAACAGAGAAGAACUCCUCAACUGCGUGGCACCGACCGCCAAAACAAAGGCGGAAGAAGGUGCGGACGACGAAGACUCCAGUAUGUUCGACGAGCUCCUGGAGCAGGUCCGAAGCAACGACCCUUCCUUGGUGGAGCUCAAUGUCAACAACUCUGAGGUGAUCAAGACCAAGACGCUGAUGGAGCUGGCCGAAGCCCUGCACCGCAACACCCACGUCAAGAAGGUGGCGCUAGCUAACUGCCGCGCCGAUGACCACGUCGCGUACGCUGUCGCUGGCACGUUACGCCACAACGCCACCGUCACCAGCAUCAACUUAGACUCCAACCAUCUCACCGGCAAGGGCAUCCUUGCCCUCAUCCAGGCGCUUCGCUACAACUCAACCCUCACAGAGCUGCGUUUCCAGAACCAGCGGCACAUCUGCGGAGGCAAGACUGAGAUGGAGAUGAUCAAGGUGCUGAAGGAGAACACUACCCUGCUCAAACUGGGGUAUCACUUCGAGCUGGCCGGUCCUAGGAUGACCACUACGAACAUCUUGAGUCGUAACAUGGACCGCCAACGGCAAAAGCGCUUGCAGGAGCAGAAGGAGGCCAGGGCUGGGAAUGGAACCGACAAGAAGGAUGCGCUGGAGGUGCCCAAACCGGGUGGUGGAAGCUCUCCAAGAAAUUCCACAACAUGGAGCUCCCCAAUGGCGUCCCCGAAACCAUCCCCGAUGCCCUCGCCGAUACCUUCGCCCAAGUUGAGCCCCAAGAGGGGAGCAGGGGCCCCUCCGCCGGCACCGCCGCCCCCACCUGGUGGAGGGCCCCCGCCUCCUCCGCCUCUCAUGCUGGAAGUGGACUCUUUGCGGAACUCUUUGACACCGGUGUCAAGGAGGAGUGUAGACGGGAAGAGUCGAGGCGGGGCCAAGAACUCCAGGGACCAGCUGCUCGCCUCCAUCAGGGGGAGCAACAUCCAACAACUCAAGAAGGUGCCAAUACCCAAGUGGCUGCAGUGA